CAAUCACCACCGGUUGCAUAUCAGCUCUGAAUCCGCGACGCAGUCUACUCUCACCACCUAAACUGCUACUCUCGCUCCGUCAACCGACCACCACCCUUCGCCAGGACCAACACUCGCUGUCCGCUUGGUUUACGCUUCACUGUACCUACCUAAUACCAGAAGCAUUAAUACAAAAGCAAUCACUCAGCCACUAUGCGUUACUCCAUCGCCCCAGUCGCCCUCGCGGCCCUCGCUGCUGCCAACCCAACGCCACAGGGCGUGACAGCGGCCAUCUCCCCGUCGACCUCUUCCCCAGCAGGAUGCAAGCCAGACUACUCCGGCACCUUCCAGAUCCAGGUCGUCAACGUUACUAGCACUGGGAAGCGUGAUGUUGAGAAGCGAGCUUCUGGUGCUCUCUACCUGACUCUCGCCGGCGGUAUCCUGAAGGACCAGGACGGUCGCACUGGAUACAUCGCUGCCAACCGUCAGUUCCAGUUCGACAAGCCAGCCCAGACUGGUGCCAUCUACACCGCCGGCUGGUCUGCCUGUGCCAACAACACUCUUGCUAUUGGUGGCGACGCUGUCUUCGCUCAGUGCCUCAGCGGUACCUUCUACAACCUGUACGACGAGGCCACCUCUGCUCAAUGCAGCCCAGUCUACAUUGAGAUCAUCAACGGUGGUUCUUCCACCGGAAGCGCCCCGGCAACUGCCGCCAGCGAACUCCCAGACGGUCAGAUCACGGCAACCCCAGUCGCCCCCGUACAUCAGAUCCCGGAUGGACAGAUCCAAGCAACUACCGGAUCGCCAGUUGGGCAAAUCAGCGACGGUCAAGUACAAGCCACGAGCCCAGUUGCGCCCGUUACACAAAUCACAGAUGGUCAAAUCCAAGCUCCAACUUCCAGACCAGUUUCCCCCGUAACGCAGAUCAGCGAUGGUCAAGUGCAAGCGCCCACAAACGGAUCAGCGAUCGCUACCGCCACUCCGACCGUUCAGCCAUACACCGGCGCUGCCGUCCUCCCAACUAUGCGUGCUGAGCUUUUCGGUCUUGCUGCCGGCGUCUUGGCUGUUGUCAUGCUCUAAGCAUGCCGCCAUACGGACACGGUCUCGACUCAUUUCCAACACACGACGCCUCGAUAGGCUCUUACGAUCCUUACGCUAUCACUACGGCGAUAGACAUGAAAAGACGUGCGAUUUACACGAAUUCAAUGUGCAUAUGAACAUUUACUGCAAUGAUUUGGGAGAACGGAACAAUGCCAAGAACGGAUUGACGUUCUUUGAUGGCAUGGGCAUGAAUCAUGGCAGAGUCAUGUACACUUAAUGUUUGCAAUGAGCUGCGGUGGCAGCGAGCUUGGAAAUGGAGGAUGGAAGGACUGCAUGAUAUCGCCCGGUUGUUUUUCUGCUUUGGCAUUGCAUAGCCCGGCGGUGUCUGAAUUGAUUGCAUGCGUAAUCAAUACCUGCAUUCCUUGUGCAUACUUAGCUAGCGAAUGAAAAGAAGUGACCGAAGCGAACCGCU